AUGGAGCUGUGCACGCUGAGGGGAAUAAGCCAAAGGAAGUGCAACUGCCACCGAAUGUUGAACUUUUCGUGCCAAAAAAGACAGUCGGAACUGAACGGUAAAGAUGAAACAAGAAAGUUUUUUGCCUCAUCUUCGCUUGUCAUUGCCGGUGGCGUCUUGGUUGCUUUUGCCGAAGGUCACAUCGACUACACAGACCCCCAUAGUCAUUUGGUGGGGUACACGUAUUCUAAUAUUGUGGCGGGGUACAUCGACGCUGCAGAGAGCUGGGCGCCUCUUGUCGCUGCGAUCGACGCAAACCAGUGGAAGGCAUACAGCGUCUUUGCCAGAACCACCAGCCAAGUGGAUCGUGUGGGCCGUGCGUUUUUCCCCACCACAGUUGCAAAGGACAACAAGGUAUUGCUUCUUGUGGGAAGCCACUAUUUGAUCGACGACAGUACUGAGUCAGUGUGGACGAAAGGUGACUGGAGUCUUGCUUUGCUGGUGGGUGAGGCUACGCGAGGCAAACAGAUCCAGUGGGGCCAGCCCCAACAGCUGCUACCACAGAUCGCCCAAUCCGCUCAAGCGAACCAGCUGGAUGAGUUUUUUGGUGCUGGUGGCU